AUGAAUGCUUCAAACGCUCCACAUGGUUGGAGUGAGCAAGAAGACAUCGCACUAAUGUCUGCUUGGUGUUUCAUCAGCAUAAAUGCAGUUGUUGGCACCAACCGAACUAGUGUGAAUCUAUGGGAAAAUAUUCUUGAUCAAUAUGAAAAAACAAGAAAAGAAAAUCCAACAAUGGGCGAACAAAAGAGUUUGGAGUCAUUGAGACAGCGCUACAGACGACUCAACACAAAUGUCUCCAAGUGGAUUGGUGCAUACAAGCAUGCGCACGAUCGAGCUAUGAGCGGCCAAUCUAAUGAGGACAUGGAGAAAGCCGCUCAACAAAUCUAUGGUAAGAGUAAGUUUACUCACCAUAAGGUGUUUGAGAGCGUGAUGCGACACAAUCCCAAGUGGAAAUUGAAGUUGAAUAGCACCGGUUCAUCGCGAUUCCAGCCAGAUGACGACAGCCUUGAAGAAAGUCAGAUAAAGCUAAGGCUAAGGCUAAAAGGAAAAGACAAAGAAGUUGCAACACCAUCAUGUACAGUUCCUAAUGAUUUCACUGCAGCACUACGUGAAAUGAGAGUCACACGUGAAAGGGAAUGUGAUAUUCAGGAACAGAAGAUCAAGGCAGCUAGUGAUAUUCAGGAACGAAACAUCAAGGCAGCUAUCCUUACUCCGCUGAUAGCUAGGAGGGACUUAACUCCAGAAGAAGAAGAUGUGAAACGCGAUAUAAUAGCAGAAUUGUUUGGGAAGUGA